AUGGCUGCUUCCAUCCUUGUUCGACGCUGCCAGGUUUGGCACUGUUGGACCCCAUCAAAGCUGCAGGCUGGAUGCAUGAGAAAAGCUUUGAGUAUACAGACGGGCUCUGCAGCCAUGUAUCAACUUAAGAAGCAAGAAGCACAAGCGUUGAAGAGACAACUCCCAUCUGGCAUCAGUCACAUGCCCCAAAGAGCCCUGCAUUCCACCCUUCUUUGCUUCCAGGAAGUGAUGCUGACCAGUGAACGUUAUGAGGUGCAGAGGCUCCCCUUUGCCCAUGUUUCCGAUAGAGAUUUGUCAUUCUUUGAGCGCCUUAUGCCUGGCAGAGUCAUCACUGAUGCAGAUGAGUUGAAACCCUUCAAUGUGGACUGGCUGAAGACUGUGAGAGGCUGUAGUAAAGUGUUGCUGAAGCCACGGACAACAGAGGAAGUAUCUGAGGUUCUCAGGUACUGCAAUGAGAGGAACUUGGCUGUGAACCCUCAGGGGGGUAACACUGGCCUCGUUGGGGGCAGCGUCCCUGUCUUUGAUGAGAUCAUUCUCUCCACAGCUCUUAUGAACCAGGUCAUCAGCUUCAACAGUAUUUCCGGGAUCUUGGUUUGCCAGGCUGGCUGCAUUUUAGAAAACCUCAACCAGUACCUGGAGCAGCAGGACUACAUUAUGCCUCUUGAUUUAGCAGCAAAGGGCAGUUGCCAUAUUGGUGGCAAUGUGGCAACAAAUGCUGGUGGCUUGCGACUCCUGAGGUAUGGCUCCCUCCGAGGGACAGUCCUGGGUUUAGAAGCGGUGCUGGCUGAUGGCUCCAUUCUAAACUGUUUGGCAUCUCUGCGGAAGGACAAUACUGGCUAUGACUUGAAGCAACUUUUCAUUGGAUCAGAGGGGACCUUGGGGAUUGUUACGGCUGUGUCAAUCCUCUGUCCACGGAAACCCAAAGCUGUGAAUCUGGCAUUUCUUGGUUGUCCAAGUUUUUCUCAGGUACUGAGAACCUUCACUACCUGCAAGGGGAUGCUGGGAGAGAUCCUGUCUGCAUAUGAGUUCAUGGACAAUGAGUGCAUGAAGCUGGUUAGAAGACAUCUCAAACUGGUCAACCCAGUGGCAGAAAGCCCAUUUUAUGUCUUAAUUGAGACCUCAGGUUCUAAUUCUGCCCAUGAUGAAGAAAAACUGAGCAACUUCCUGGAUCACGUCAUGACCUCUAAUUUGGUGGCAGACGGAACUUUGGCCUCAGAAGAUAAAAAAAUAAAGAUGCUGUGGGCUUUACGGGAGCGGAUCACAGAGGCCCUAACAUGUGAUGGAUAUGUUUACAAAUAUGACAUUUCGCUUCCUGUGGAGAAAAUUUAUGACCUUGUGACUGAUAUGAGGGCACGGCUGGGUGGAAGUGCCAGGACUGUUGUGGGCUACGGACAUCUUGGAGAUGGAAACUUACACCUGAACAUCACAGCAGAGUCUUACAGCCAUUCACUGCUGGAAGCCAUUGAACCCUAUGUGUACGAAUGGACAUCCCAGUAUCGUGGAAGUAUCAGUGCGGAACAUGGGCUGGGCUUCAAGAAGAAGCAUUACAUACACUACAGUAAGCCACAGAAGGCUGUCCUUCUCAUGCAGCAGUUCAAGGCCAUGCUGGACCCCAAAGGCAUUCUAAACCCUUACAAGACGUUACCAGUCAAGUCUGAAUGACGCUGCCUGCAGGGGAAGAAUCUGUAAUCUUUUGGCGGAUGUU